GUAGGAACUGACCCGUUGCUGCUGAUAAGGAAUGACCUGCACAUUAGAGAAGGUUCUGGCUGAUGCCAAAUCACUGGUGGAGAGACUCCGGGAUCAUGACAGUGCUGCAGAGAUCCUGAUUGAACAAACCACACUGCUCAACAAGAGAGUGGAGGCCAUGAAACAGUAUCAGGAAGAGAUCGAGGUGUUAAACCAGGUUGCGAGGCAUCGGCCACGCUCAACACUAGUCAUGGGCAUCCAACAGGAAAACCGGCAAAUACGGGAACUGCAGCAAGAAAACAAAGAGCUGCACACGUCUCUGGAGGAGCAUCAGUCUGCGCUGGAGCUGAUCAUGAGCAAAUACAGAGAGCAAGUGUUUCGACUUCUGAUGGCCAGCAAAAAAGAGGAUCCCACCAUCGUCACGCAGCUCAGAGAACAGCACACGAACGAGAUGCAAGCGCACAUCGAAAAAAUCAACGAAAUGGCCACGGUGAUGAGGAAAGCCAUCGAAGUUGAUGAAGGACGACUGUGUGAGGAUGAGGAGAGAAUCAAACGCCUGGAGCUGGAGAACAGUGGCCUGCGAGAGCUCCUGGGAAUCAGUCGAGAAGCGUUUCUGCUGCUGAAGAGAGACGAUACAUCAGACAGCACAUCUCUGUCGCCGCUGCUCACCAGCACAGACAUCAGCCUGAGGAAGAGCUGAAGACAAAACCAGCAUUCAGAGCUGCUCUACACUGCAGACAAUAUCCGAUAACCAACAGCUUUAUGCUUGUGAAUUGCAUUGUGGGAUGUUGAUCUCUGCUGUGUCGACAAUUCAACUCUACGUUAACAAAGGGGCAUUUAUUGACAUUUUAGUCGUAUGAUAUAGAGAAAUAAGUGUGUAAAAUAACAGUAAAUGUACUGGCGGUGUAUUACAAGGCUUUUGUAGCCUAAUAUACAACACCAACACAGACAAUAUAGCACUGCAAACUAUUACAAAUGUUCAUAAAAGUCACUUUUACAAACUGUUCAAGAUUAAAAGUUGCUGCAAGAAAGAUGAAGAUCCCAUAAUGCAAGUCACAAUCAUAAAUAAAUGGGGAAAAAUAAAAACAUGCAUCACAAAAUAUGUAAAACUGCUAAUUUACGGAUAUUUGUUUACAGUGUACACAUCCCACAACCCACCAGUACAGUUUCACACACACUCACCGUCAGCCAUUUGUCAUGACGGCAUCUCUCAAACACUGGGAUUUGAUGACUUUUCCAUCUCUUCAUCCUCACUGCUUCUGUCUGGGAACGUCACAUGACCACGCUGACUGAUUCAGCCACAUGAAAACAAUCAUUUGAGGAAUUAUUAGCCGAUUGUGAAUGAUUACUUUACCUGAACAGGAGACUUUGUGAAGGGAACGUCACGAUGUGCCAUUUUAAAGAAACCGCUCGUGUUGUUGCUUUGCUUGUUGUGUUUGUAACAGUGUUUUAUGCGAGUGUGAGAGGAGGUAGCAUUGAAAGUGAACUAUUAAAAAUGUUGAACUAA